AUGAAACAGACCGGUCUGCGAUUCUUUACGCCGCGUCCGCUGAACACGCUCGGCGACGUGCCCGCCAUCGGUGUGGAAUCGAGCCGAGUGGACAUCAGCAGACAGUUGCCUCACUUGCCCACUCCGUUCAACCCGGCUGUUAUGGCCGCUCAGCUCGGCAUGUUCAGCAAUCCACAGCUGCUCAACAUGAUGCAGUAUAAAGCGAUUAAGCGUUUGGAUGGACUCCCGCUGCGGUUGCAAGCUAUUCCGAAACGAGCGCGAUAUGAAAAAGCGAACACCGGCUGCCCUUUGCCACGACUAAUUGGCAACGUGUUGGCAAAGCGGCCACUGAAAACAUCGAAUAACGAGCCACAAUUCAUUUCGGUGAAAAUCGUCAAAGAGGUGAUCGACCCACCAUGA